GGAGUUGUGGAUGUUGGCAUAAAUUGAUAGGGUCAGAGUCUCAGAGACAAAGAAAGAAGAUACCAAAGAGUUGAGAGGUGAAGUUGAACCCCAGAUCGAUCGCAUCAUCCUUAUUCCCAAAUCAUGGAUCCCCGUUGCCCUUGCCUGCUGCUCUUAAUCUUUUCUAUACUCUGUCUUCAAUCCAUGGCUGAUGAUGCUUCCUCUCUGCUUUUUAUCGAUAGCCCUUCGCAUCGUUAUCUUCAUUCUCAUCAUACUGCUCAGACUAAUCCAAUGUCAGCCACGGAAGUUGGUGCUGCAGUGUCAGUCUUGCUUGGUCUGGCACCACCACCUAUGCUUUCAACUGCUAGUUCAUCUAAGUUGAAUGGCCUCCUGUUGCCUAAUCCCUUUGAUAGGCCACGUCAUGUUUUUAUGCUUGAAAUUGGGCUUGCUCAAGACUCUCAAGAAGUGGUUUAUCCGAACAAUGCUCUGUUUAGCAGUGCCAUCAGGACCCAGGUGGUUAGGAAUGUUGCUAGUGUUGAAGUUGAACUUCCAGAUAGAAGAGUUGCUUUUUUCUCAUUGGAUGGACCGGAUUAUGAUUCUUACGCAGCUAUAACUGACAAAGAACUAAGUGAUUUUGCAUUUAGUUUUGGUGGCUCCUAUGUGUCAGAUAAAUUGGAACCCCUAAAUGGAGAAUUGAUCCUAAACUUGCCUAGUGGGUUUAAAAUGAGUCUUCAAAUGUCAAAGCUAGCUGAUAGGAAAUUUGCCUUUGGUUUGAUCUACCUAAUUGACAACAUUAAGAGGGUUACAUCAAUGACAAAAGAUUUGUCUCAAAGUACUUUGAAUUAUGCUGAACUAGUGGGAGGAUAUUUUGAGGGCAUUAAGGCUCUGCAAGAAGAGUAUGGGUCCAAAGACCUUACACAGCAAGGCAUGGAUUUGCUGCUCUCAACAGUGUCCAGAGCUAUUGACAGUUUACAAGAUAGACAUGAAGGUGAAAUUGUUGCAGUCAUCCUUUUCAGCAAGACACAGUCUUCUCUACCACAAAAGAUGGUCGAUGUUACGUAUGGUUCAAGACCUUCCCUACGACUGCUGGAGGAAGUGAAAACUUCGUCCAAUAUAACUGCUGCUGCAGAAGUCGCACUGGUUAGACUUACACUUGCAUGGAUCACUGGAGUUGUUCUCCUCAUUGCAACCUUAAUUGGGGUGUAUCAUCUCAUCAAUAUGCCACUUACAAGAGACACGCUCCUGUAUUCUAAUGUGAAACUUGACUGAAGUUGGCUAUUAAUUGUAUAUUUGCCAUGCUUGAGGAUGUUAAAGGCCUGUGUCUGGAGGUGUAUGUUUAAUUUCCUGUAAAGAUGAGCAGUUUCUGGCGUAAUUGCAUAAAAAUAAUACUAUUAGCUUGUGAUGCCCGUGAGGAGGAGUUGCUUACAUGAAAGGAGUUGUGACUGUGAAUAGGGGCAUGCAUAGCUGGGACAUUGCUGUUGUAAUGUGAAUUUUCAGUACACCAGUUGGUUUUAGCUUUAUUUUCUGUUUCAGUCUCAAAGAAAACGCAGUACGCGUUGGAAGAUUUAAUUCGCCCUGCAUUGGGGAUUUUGAUGAAAUUACCUCUUUAAUUUGAUAGUUUUUGUCCAAUAUAUAUAUUAUGUUGACUGCCUCAGUGUGGAGUCUGAAUAAGAUUGAAGAAGACUAUUGUAUAUUGUAUUUGUUUACAAUCAAGCUUCAAUCUCUAUCAUAUUUAUUGUAAUUUUUAUUCGACAAAAAAAAAAAAAAAAAAAAAAA